AUAUUUUGUUAACAUUAAGUGAAUAAAAUAAGAAAAAAACAGAUAUGUCUUUGUUUCGUAAGCCAAAAAAAAUUCAGCGACGUGCGUUGACGAGCACUUUGGAUGAUGAGGAGGAUGCUGUUAAAAAUGACAAUCAAUUGGAAAAAAUGCAAGAUGACGCGAUGGAUUUGGAGGUGCAGGCGCCGCCACCACCACAAAUUUCUAGCAAGGUAAAGAAAAAGAAAAAUCACAAGGAAAUGAAGGUAAAACCCUCGUCGUCGAAAGAUAAUAGCACUACAAAAUCUCUACUAAGUUUUGCCGAUGAAGAGGAAGACGGUGAAGUAUUUCAGGUGCGCAAAUCGUCACAUAGCAAAAAAGUCAUGCGUAUGUUGGAUAAGGAACGUAGACGCAAAAAAAAGGAAGAACGUGAUACGAGCACUUCUAUAAUGGCGGUGGAUGGUUACGCGGAACAAUCUUAUCAUAAUAGGGAUACACGUGAAAAUGGUUCACGUUUGAGUAUUACUCAUAGUUUAGGUUCUACAACUACGUCCAUCGGUGGUUCUACGGAACACCGUAAAAGUAAUAAAGAUAAAAUCCAAACUGAAAUACGCACAGACGACUUUGUGUUGGUGGUUAAAAAGUCUGAACCGGAUAUUAUUCUUAAUGGACGUGCUGCUCUGUGUGCUGGCCGCAAUGAUAUGUCCGAUGACGAUGAAUAUGACGGUGAUGUUAAUGAACGGAAUCACGUUGAUAAACACCGCUUCAAUAAACCGGAUCAUUUGAAAAAAAUGCUAGAGAGCGGUUCUAUACCUGACGCUUCUAUGAUUCAUGCCGCUCGGAAGAGAAGGCAAAAGGCCCGAGAACAAGGUGACUGCGCACCUAUUGAGGAACACAAAAUAGAUACAAAGAAAGGCAAUCGUUUGACACACGAGGAUUUAGAAGAGGAUAAUUCAGACGAAGAGCAAAGAAUCGAUAUGAAUGUUAUAACGGGUGUUAAAGAACGUGAAGAAAGGCGUGAACAGUUUUAUGCUGUCGAGAAGAACUAUUCCGACGAAGAUUCGGAUUGUGAGACACAUGAAUGGGAAAAUCAACAAAUUCGUAAGGGUGUUACAGGGGCUCAAUUAGUCAAUGCUCAGCAUGAAUCGGUAUUAUCAAGGUUUAUGAUUAAAUCUUCGGCGAGUUUAAGCAACACUUUAGAAAAUGAACCAACAUCUAAAUCAACUUCAAGUUUAUUGGAGCAAGCAUACGCUAAAUGCACUUUAGAGAAGCCACAACAAUUGCUUAGCUCAUCAAAAGUGAAGAAGGAUAAAACCAAAUCGUCGUCGUUAAGGACACCACAAGAAAUACGUGAAGCUUUAGAGAUCCGUUUAAGUAAACUUAAGGAAUUGAAUCGUGCUCAUCAAGAUGAUAUCGAGCAUAUAGCAAAGGAAAUGAAAUCAUUGAAAUUGGAGGAAAUGGAUUGUAAGCAAAAGGCUCCUACAGCUGCGGCCAAAUAUCGUUUCUAUCAGGAAAUUAAAUGUUACGUUAGCGACUUGAUUGAUUGUCUAAACGAAAAGGUUCCCUUGAUAAAUGACUUGGAGAAACGUAUGCUACAAUUCUUUGCUAAACAUCAUAAUUUUCUAAUCGAACGGCGACGUCAAGACGUAAGAGAUCAAGCUAAAGAAAUGGCCGAAGCUGCAAAGCCCUCUUCGUCGCGACGUGGCGCAGAAUCCGAAGAACAGAUGCGUCGUGCUACAGAACGUGAAGGUCGCCGCACUCGUCGUCGUUGCGAACGUGAACGUAAUGACCUACUAAGUUCACAUCUGGAUGGAAUGUCGAGUGACGAGGAGACGUCUGACCGUUAUCAAGAACAAUUUCAAAAUAAUUUGGAAAUGCUGGAUAAAGAAGCCUUGGAUUUGCUUGAAGAUGUUAACGAUGAAUUCUGUAAAGUUGAAAUAAUCUUGAAGAAGUUUUAUGCUUGGCGUAAAACUGAUUACGAUUCCUAUAAAGACGCCUUCGUCAGUUUAUGUCUACCUAAGGUUUUAGGUCCUUUAGUGCGGUUAGAGAUUUUAAGUUGGUCACCAUUAUUGACCGACUAUAAAGACAUUGAAAAGCUCAAUUGGUAUCCAGCGUGUAUGUUAUAUGCUUGGAAUGAAGAAGAAACUGAAGCAACACUAAAGCAAGAUUCAGAUAACAAUUUAGUGCCCACUAUAAUCGAAAAGAUAAUCUUACCGAAAAUUACAGAGAUUGUUAAUCAAUGUUGGGAUCCUUUAUCAACUACGAAAACAUUACGUUUAAUUGGUUUCAUUAAUCGUUUGGGACGUGAUUAUCCAUUGAAGGAAAGUUCAAAACAACUGCAACAAUUAUUUAAUGCGAUAUUAGAAAAAAUGAAACUGGCUUUGGAGAAUGAUGUGUUCAUACCGAUAUUUCCUAAGCAGGUCCAGGAGAACAAGACUUCUUUUUUUCAGCGUCAAUUUUGCACCGGUUUAAAAUUGUUUCGGAAUUUUCUUAGUUGGCAGGGUAUUGUAGCCGACAAACCGUUAAGAGAAAUGGCGAUAAAUUCCCUCUUAAAUCGUUAUCUCUUAAUGGCCUUAAGGGUAUGCUCUUUUAAUGAUGCCAUUUCCAAAGCCUACAUGAUUGUUAACAUAUUACCUACAGCCUGGCUGCAACCGCAUAUGGAAACUUUAAAAACCUUGGAAUCUUUCAUUAUGCACAUCAAAGCCAUUGUCGAUGCCAGCGAUUCUACAAACCCUGCAUUUAUGCAAUCUGUUGAAAAGGCUAAGCUAAUACUACAAAGACUUCACCAUAGUGUUUAAAGAUUUAUUUUUAUUAUUAUUGUAUCUUUUUUUUUUUGAUAAA